CGCAGCCCGUAACGCGACCGCGCGCGUUCCGCAUUCUGGUCCGUCCGGUGGCGUGUUGCAGAUCGCGCGGUACAUGACGAGGUGGCUCCGGGACGCGAAAAAAUGAAUAUCCUGAAUAAUGUAUCCGCGGCCUUCUGGUCACCAGAUAUUUGGUUGCCGCCUAAUAUUACGUGGCAGGAUAUCAAUCCAAAUGCAGACAAUAAGUUUACUAAUUUUCAGCACCUGAUAUAUCCCCUGCCGAUGGCAUUUAUUCUUCUAGGAAUAAGAUAUGCUCUGGAAAGGUAUUGGUUUGCUCCCUUUGGGAAAUCGCUCGGUAUAAAAAAUACAAGGAGCAAAAAGGCAGUACCCAAUGAAAUAUUAGAAAAGGCAUAUCUUAGUAAGAGAACUAAACAUAAGCAAAUUUUGGGGUUGGCUAAGCAGUUAGAUUGGACAGAAAGGCAAGUGGAAAGAUGGCUUCGACUACGUCGUUCUCAGGACAGGCCAUCUACUCUUACAAAAUUCUGUGAAAACAGUUGGAGAUGUGUAUAUUAUAUAUAUUCAUUUUUAUAUGGCCUUAUUGUCUUGUGGGAUAAGCCGUGGCUUUGGGAUAUAAAACAUUGCUACUAUAAUUAUCCUUAUCACCCUAUUACUAAUGACAUAUGGUGGUAUUACAUGGUAUCAAUGGCACUUUAUUGGUCAUUGAGUUUUUCUCAAUUCUUUGACGUAAAAAGGAAAGAUUUCUGGCAAAUGUUCAUUCAUCAUAUAGCUACUAUUACACUUAUGUGUUUCUCAUGGAUUGGUAACCUAACAAGGAUUGGCUCUCUGGUGUUAUUAGUACAUGACUGUGCAGAUAUAUUCUUGGAGGCAGCGAAAAUGGCAAAAUAUGCAAAUUAUCAGAAAUUAUGUGAUUUCAUAUUUGCUAUUUUUACAAUUCUAUGGAUUGUGACACGUAUGGGUAUAUUUCCAUUUUGGAUAAUUUAUAGCACAACUAUAGAGGCGCCCAAAAUAGUGCCGAUGUUCCCUGCGUAUUAUAUUUUUAAUUCUCUAUUAUUUUUACUACUGUUUCUCCACGCGAUUUGGACUUAUUUAAUCCUUAAGAUCGCAUAUAACGCUUUCAAUGCUGGUCAGAUGGAAGGUGAUAUUCGCAGUAAUAGCAGCGACGAAGUUUCCGACACUUCGGUCAAUAAUACUCCUAUAAACAGUACCGCAAAUUACACUAAUAAAUCGAAUUCAAGACCAAAAGUCCACUAACAAAAAGCAUGCUAGACGAGUUAUUAUAGAAACUACAUUUCGAGGCAGAAAAUUGAUCCAGAUAUUUUAGUCAGGUGCUAAUCUCUAUCUUCCUACAAAUAUAAUACAAGUGUAAUAAAGCUUUCAAUACGUUUUAAUCUUGUAAUUCAAAAUGCUAACAUUAACACACACCUAUCUUUAAUCUCGCAAAAUUAAAACGUAUUAAAUCUUCCACUUCCCUUUCGGUAGUAUUCUUUGAAGACAGUUUGAUGCUUUUUGUCACAAUUGUCUUGUCUGCAAUUCUGUCAAUUGUGCAUUUUUGUUAUAAGUAUUACACAUAGGGAUACAACGAAAAUCAGUAGAGCAAUCCUUAUUAUCUGUAUCACUUAUUUAUAUCUAAUUUAAGUAUUAAUGUAAGUCUACACUUUAAAUGACUUCUUAAUGCUUAGUUAAGCUAAGUAUGGACCAAAGCUGCAAGAUACAGUGUUUGAACUUCGUCGACCGUUUCAAAUUCCUUAAUAUUGUGUACUUUGAAAAAAAAAUGUAUUUAUUUAUUUUCAUAUACUUUUAUGUGAUCGUGUCAUUCAGUAAUUGAAAGAAUGAUAAAUAAGAGAUACAAUAAUAAAUUUCUUCUAAUUAA